AGAACAACUCGGGGGUUCUAUUAUAAAAAUCUAUCUGUGAUUACUCAGGUAUCAAAAAACGAGAAGAAAACUGCACGCAAGUUGGAACAUUGUAUUAAGAAACGCACUCAAAUCUUAUUCAAAACCGCUAGACCCUGGGUAAAAACCACAUGAAAUCUUUGAUGUUUUUGUUCAAAAUGCUGGCGGCUGUCUACAACUUAUGAUGCGCAUGUCCUCGUAGAAACGCUGGUUUGUUUCAGUAUAUGGUUUGUUUUCCUGUUGGGAACUUUGAGUUUUGGAGGAUCAUACGACGUUUGGGAUAUAUACCUCUCGACGAUGCUGCGUCUUUUGAUACCCUGUGAUGACGCCAUCAGUCAAUAGUGACACCAUUCAGCGAUUUAUGUCAGUGUUAUCAUCGUCCAUUUCAUUGUCAUCUCUCACGAAGCGAUCCCCCACCCAUGAUCCCGAUUCUUUCCGUAUUUAAUCCAUCCCCCGUCGUCGUCAUCUAUAUCAUCUUCGUCAUCGUUCCGUGGUCAUUGAUCCUCGAUAUCCUGAUCAGAGCAAGCUUUGUCUUCCCCCUCAUUGUCGUCAUCAUCAUCCAUUUCAUGAAUACCAUGUCAGGUUCAAGGGCGUCAUCAGAUAACCUGGAAGCAUCGACAGAUAUGGGCAGCGCCACCAACGAUGGUCCAAGUCCAGAGGCCAUUCAGCAGUUGUUUGAUGCUUGCGAUUUGGAUGGUAACGGGUAUAUCGAAUGGGAAGAAUUGGAGAUGGUCUGCGAGAAUCUGGACAGAGAUGAACUGGAGCAUAUAUUUGAGGCGUUAGAUGGAGAUGGUGAUGGACGAAUCAGUAUCACCGAUUUCACUGAAGGCUUCCACAGUGUCAGUGAAGCUCUCCUGUCCGUCAGCCGUCGUAGGCGGCGCCAGCAAUAUCUACAGGAUUACGACAGUGAAGAAUUCGAGGUCUUUUUGCAACAAUUGGGACCAGAUUUUGACCUCGUGUCAUGCCAAGAUCAAAUUUGUGAGCUAUACCAGCAGCUCCAUUCUUCGGAGGUCCCUCAAACACUUCGCCAGUAUGAAUCCGUCAUCUAUGACGUCAUAAAGGAUCUCAGGCAAUACCAGUCGGAAGUCGAUAGGUUAGAGAAAUCAUUAAAGAGGACAAAUGAAAGCAAUACCGAGCACCUACAGCAGCUGGAGUAUGAGAUGGAAGUACAGAUGACAAGAACAGAACAGAGAGUUAGAAAAGAGGAAAGGGAAAGAAUAGAAUCUGAGAAAGCCGAGAUCCAGAGGCAGCUUGAGGCAGAGAUAAGAGAAUUGAAAAGUAAUCUAAAUCAAAUACACAAUGCUGAAGACAAAGUCGACAGAAUAGACAAACCACGUGAAGACCUGCUUCAUUCUCUGAAACAGGAUCUCGAACAACUGAGAAGUGAAAAUAGGAGUCUGAGAAGCAGCCUAACCGAGGCUCAGACCAACUUGGUCCUGUCAAGAAGCGAGCUCGUCACCCUGAAGAGUGACUUUGAAGAACAGAAUGGAUUCAUUUCAAAUAAUCGUGACGUCAUACAGGAUUACAUAGGAGAACAGGAAAAUCUCACGAGACAACUCCAAUUAUUACAUGAGGCAAACAAAAAACUUCAAGACACGAAUGACGAUCUUAGAGCUGCACUGGAAAAUGUAUCGAGGUCUUCUCGUAUGUCGCCUCGAACGACACGUCUUCUUAGUUCAGCAUCAUACAUGAAUGAUUACGUAGAUGAUGACGUCAUAAUAGAUCAGUCUAGGCAGCGUAAAUCGUACGCAUCGCAAGGUUCAUACGAUGGCUCGGAGGUUCAGAUGAGCGGAGGAAGGCGCCAAUUUGCUUACCAUACCACAGACGGUGAUAACUACCCCGAUGACGGAGCACUCAUACAACAAUCUGGAGCGAGAAAACUUCUCGAGGAAUUUCUCGAUUCUGGAAACUCUACACUUCGGGACCCGAAUGAGCUCGACUCGGAAACCGAAGAUGAUAUCAGAAGAGCGCCACCAUUGCGGGAGGAAAUUGCAGUGUCUAUGAAACAAGAAUUGAAAGACGCACAUCGCCAACAAGCCUCGCACCAACGUGCGACGCAUGCUACGUCAACCCAACAUUCGACCAAUCCCAGGGGAGCAACAAGCGCAAGUCUCCAUACGUCAAACUACGGGGAACCAAUCAGAGACAUGCGUUCAUUAUCACGUGGUAGCUCCCCGCGAUCCAGCGGAGGGGGAUCUCGUAAGCGCGCCCUUCCCCAGCUUCCCCAACAGGUGACAUCAGUGGUAAAUAAUCUUAUGGAAUAUUUUGAAAAUGAGCCUCUCUCGCCAACACCAACAGCCCAACCAGAGAGAAUGUACAAGAUUGUUUUAGCAGGAGACGCAGCUGUGGGCAAGUCUAGUUUUAUCAUGAGAUUGUGCAAGGGGAUCUUCCACAGUAAUCUCAACUCAACAUUAGGUGUUGACUUCCAAAUGAAAACCAUUGAUGUGGAUGACCGAGUCACAUCUUUACAAUUGUGGGACACGGCAGGGCAGGAAAGGUUUCGAAGCAUCGCUAAAUCCUACUUCAGACGGGCUGAUGGUGUGUUGCUCCUAUAUGAUUGCACGUGUGAGAGAUCGUUCAUUAACGUGCGUGAUUGGAUUGAGGCAAUAGAAGAGGGCUCACACAAACCGGUACCGGUAAUGAUCUGCGCGAACAAGUUGGAUGCCAGACCGCUGGCUAUGGCUGAGGGCGUACGCUGUGUGAGGACAGAGGACGGCCAAAGACUCGCUACGUCGUUCAACGCUCUGUUUAUUGAGACCAGUGCCAAGGAGGGAUCGAACGUAGAGGACGCUGUCAUAGAGUUGACAAGGCAACUUCACAAGCGGGAAGAUCUGGAAGUCAGUUCCAGUGGAAUUACGCUGAACAAAGAAACCCCAGCGAAGAAAAAGGAAUCGGGAUGCUGCGACUUCUAGGGCUACUCUCGUUAGCCGCCGCCUGGAGUUUACCGACCUUUCCCGAAGUAUGUCGAAAAGUGUCGAUCAUAAAGAGAUGGUAUAAUAUGCUUCAGACAUUCGGAAAUAAUUGGAAGGAUGAUGCAUGUGGUCUAAGAUUGUAGCGAGUCGCAACUUCAUAAACUUACCCGACUGAGCCGACAUGAUCCUCCCAAAAUCCAAAGAUGCUGGCGACUCCAUCCGAAGUUUACCGACCAAAAAAUACUGAGCCAAUAGCGCCACCUACGAAUACUGAGUGUGUAGUUUGAACACUCCCACAGCUUGAUGGUGGAUUUCCCUAGUUCGUUCAUGGAAAAAAAGAUCCGGUUUUGCUCCUGAUGCCUUAUUCAAAAUACAUAAUAAAAAGUACAUUGGUGGUUUACCGUAUCAUUCCCACUUGAUGUUUCCUACGAGCUAAACAUGUUUUGUAAUAUUUUAUUUAUAAACGUAUUUGUUUUUCUUUUUAAUUAUCCUUGUUUUCCUUGCCCAUGUAAAUUACAUUCCAUUUGUACUGUAUCUGUAGUACGUGCAAUAGGAUAGCAUGUUGAAAUAUUUGACAUUUUAAACACGACGCGUAACUGUAGAUAUAGUGAAAAUAUCGUGAAAAAAGACAGUGACGUUCCGGUUGUAAAUUUUAUUUUAUUUGUCACUGAUUAGCUUCAUGGAAAUGAGAACACGGUUCGGAAUUUAAUUAUAAGAGCAUUUUUUAUGACGUCACAUAGAUGUCUGAAGCCGCGGCAUGGAUGUAAGAUGUGAUUUUUUAAUGAUACAUUGCUUUUAUCUGAACUCUGAAUGUCAAACACGGGGAGAAUCGAGGAUCGACCGGCAUUUCCAGAAGGGACAUCCCGUGUAAAGUAAAACGUUUACAUUUGAGGCAUUGAGUCAACCUAUCUAUGAGGGGAAACCCGAAGGCAUGACGUCACAAUAAGAACGCCACAUGCGCGCAUGUGAUUAGAAACAUACGAACUGACACUCAUCGACUAGACAUUUUUUAAUUCUUAACUGAAUUUCCAUGCAAAUUUGUAUUUAAAUUUUGACCUCAUUGCUGAGAAUAGAAUAGGAAUACGUGUAGUGCAUUUUUAGUCUGUUUUUAACUUUUUUUAAUCAUAUUUCUGUCAAGCAUACUCAACUGGUUGGUAUGAUGCCACAGUUGUCACUUGCAUGUGAGUAUUGAAACAACUCCAGUUUGGAAUCGAACCUAUGCUGUUUUGGUGUUUGGUGUUGAAUAAACACCUAUCUGGUGUUAGACCUAAACCAAACUGUUGUGGUUUAACACUUCUCUGGUGUGGACAUAUAUAGUUUCUGGUGUUAAAUCAACAUCGGUGUUUUUGCAGUGUAAUAAUGCACAGGCGAAUACGUGAUUAAUUCGCUCAGGAAAAAAUAUCAAAUUUGGCACCUUUAAAAAAAAUAUUUAGAAAGAAAAUACAAUGUUAAAAAAGGUAUAGGAUUUAGUUUAGCAGAAUUGAAAGAAUUAAAACUUUUUUUGAAGGGCCAAUGAACAUCCUGUUAUGCUUAAGACAAUCAUUAUUGUAAUAAAUUAAUGCUUGUAUCGAGAUCGCCAAUAGUUAAUGCCUUGCUUACAGUUAAUAUUUAUAGCAUGUAUAUAAAAACGUUUGAUUUAUCAUGUACAUAUUGAUUGGCCGUAGACAAUUUCAUUGUGUAGCAUAGUAAACAUUAUAAGUGCAAUAUGUGCUGAUAAUUUUAAAACAAGUAAUAGCCUAAAUAAUUUUUUUCUUUUGUAUGGAAUGUGUAAAAUGGGCUUCCUUACUUUAUAUAAGUAUACAGGUCGAGCUUUGAACGCCAGCUAUAUUCUUUAUUUGAAGUUUUAUUUAUUUCACUUGUCAAAGAAAUACAAAAGUGCCUUACCCAGAAAUAGUUAUAUACAGUUAGACCAUGGUCCGGUGCCUUAUCAAAGUUAAUAUAGUAGACUAGAACUCGUGUGAACAGAAAAUUAUAGUUCUACUUUUUGUCGUAGGUAUGUUGUAAGUAUAGAAAGGUGCCUCAAAAGAUUGCCUUCGAGAAGAGAUGCAUGAAUCUUAUGGAUAACCCAUAAGAUCGUCAUUUGAUAGAGCAUACAUUUCUUGGCUACGAAACAUAUAGAAUUUUGUGUUCUGUUGCCAAUAUGAAA